AUGAAGCUGGACAAGGCUCAGGGCUGCCUGCUGGUGCUGACGCUGAUGGCCAUGCUGACCAGGACAGGAGCAGGUCCCACCCCCACACUCAGAGCACUCAGAGGGGCACUCUGGAAUGCAAGGGACUGUCACCUCGGACCGUUCAAGUCUCUGUCCCCACAAGAGCUUCAGGCCUUCAAGAGGGCUAAGGAUGCAAUGGAAGAGUCACUCCUGCUGAAGAACUGGACCUGCAGCUCCCGUCUCUUCCCAAAGACCUGGAACCUGAGGCAGCUGCAGGUGUGGGAGCGCCCUGUGGCCUUGGAGGUUGAGCUAUCCCUGACAUUGAAGGUCUUGGGGAAUGUGAUCAACACUACCUCUACCUUAAGGGACAUCCUGAGCCGACCACUUCAUACACUGCGCCACAUCCACUCUGAGCUCCAGGCCUGUAUCCUGGCUCAGCCCACAGCAGACCCCAGACCCCGGGGCCGCCUUCACCGCUGGCUGCACCGGCUCCAGGAGGUGUCCAAGAAGGAAUCCUCAAGCUGCCUGGAGGCCUCAGUUACGUUCAACCUCUUCCGCCUCCUUGUACAGGACCUGAAAUGUGUCGCCAGUGGGGACCAGUGUGUCUAA